AUGCUGUCAUCGAGUUCUCCGUCUUUCUCACAAGAGACAGACAUCAUUGAUCCCACGGGAACUUCGUCUUUUAUCUCCUCUCAACAACCUUCUACCCCGACCGACUUUACGUCGUUCACCACGGAUAACUUCCAGCAACCAUGGCUUCCCACGCCCCCGCCCCAUCUGCCACAGGCCUCCAGUUCGAACAACAACAGCAACAACAACAGUGCGUUAGAGGACUUCGUACUCUAUCCCGCUCCGCAAGCUCCAGCUCCUCGUCCGCAGCCUCAACCCAGAGCCUCGCGUGCGCCCGUACCCUCGAGUACUGCCCUUAAGCCGUCUGCCCUCCAGCCCUUUCUGGCGCAGAACAACCCUCGAAGACAUUCCUUCAGUCUGCAGUUGCAUCGUCACCUCCAGCAACAACAGUUCUCUGGUUCUCCCCCUCAGGACCCCAGAGUGACCCAGCUUGCCCGGUCUCCUUCCUACUGGUCUCACCCCAACUUGAAGCGCUCCCCGCACUACCAAGCGGCUUCCGUGCCUUCAUACUCGCCUCACAACCACCCUUCCGCUCCCACUUUCCACGCCGGAAACUUUGAUAUCUCUACAUUCGAGAAAACGAAACAACACAUCCUGGCAUCCCGCCGCAAUAUGUCCGCUCCAAACUUCACCGACGACGACCUCUUCGGGUUCCCCUCUACCGGCAUUCAUACCGGCAUGGGUUCUCCUCUCGAUCUCAGCCAACUGGGCCACGAGACCGAUGCCUUUUCCCCCGUCGCACCCACGGGUACCAUCUCGCCCAAGGAUCUGAUGUUUGACGCAUCUAUGCCUCCUUCCAGCACUUUCACCGACCUGAGCACUCCUCCCUACGACUCGCCUGCGACUUUCAGCCAGAACCCUUCCCCGCUCUUCACUGAUGUGGAUUACAUGGGCCAGGAGGACUGGGCCCCACUCUUCCACGACGCUUCCUCCGGGGGCAACGUGUUUGACGCCCAGUUCGAUGUUGCUGCUGCUCUUGCUGCGAAGCCUGAGCCUAUGUCGCCUGCUCCCAAGCGCGUGACAUCUGUCAAGUCCUCGCCCAUUCCCGCCACUGGCCACACCAAGCACUCCAGUGUUUCUGGCAUCAGCCGCUCGCGCAAGGAGCUGUCGCCCGUCGAUUUUGACCCGGCCGACCCUAUUGCCGCGAAGCGUGCUCGUAACACUGAAGCCGCCCGCAAGUCUCGUGCCAAGAAGAUGGAGCGUCAAGCUUCUGCCGAGCGCACCAUCAGUGAUCUGCGCAAGCAGAUCUCUGACCGUGACGAGACUAUCGCCAAGCUUCAGGCUCAGCUCCGUAUCCAGGAGAAGUUCCAGUGA